AUGGCAGAAAGGCGAGCAGUGAUUAAAAACGCGGACAUGUCAGAAGAAAUGCAGCAAGACGCAGUGGAUUGCGCAAAUCAAGCAAUGGAAAGAUUCAAUAUCGAAAAAGAUAUAGCUGCCUACAUCAAGAAAGAGUUUGACAAAAAAUACAAUCCCACGUGGCAUUGCAUUGUGGGUAGAAACUUUGGCAGUUAUGUGACCCAUGAGACAAGACACUUCAUUUAUUUCUACUUAAUCCCUUUAAAUUUGGGCAAAAAUAUAGGUAAAUUUAGAAGUUAGAAAUUAACACCUUUAAAUCGCUUAAAAAUGCUAUAGUUCGUAAAAUAAUUUCUAUGUAAAUAGCUUCAUAUCCAAUUUAAUAUUGCAAAAAUAGAAAGUUCCUAUACAUAUUGUAUCCAAUUAUUUUAAAAUUUUAAUAGAUAUAUUUUACUAUGAAAAUUAUCAAUUCGUUUCAAUCCUUUAUAUUAAGCCAGAUUUUUUCAUUAUUAAAAUGGAGAGUUAGGACAAGUAGCAAUAUUACUUUUUAAAUCUGGAUAA